UGAUAUAUUAUAUCACAUAUUUGUUUUCUUUGUUCUUAACCCCUUUGUUCCAAGGGUCAGGAUAUCCUGAUGCUAAGUACUAUUGCAAAAUAACUGAACAAAAAUAAAAAUAGUCAAACACUUAGGAAACUCUUCAGUUGUUAUGUCAAGGAAGUUUGUGACUGAGGAGUGAGUUUAAGACAUUAUUCAGGAAAUAUGAUAAUAAAGCAAACAGUCUACAUGUGAUUAUUAAAUAAAAUCAUCUCAAUCCUAGAGAGUCUUGAUGCCCCCAGCCUGAUGGAAGGGUAAGAUAAGGACUGGACGGGCUGUCAAAGUGGUGGAAGUGUUGAACUGAUGGUGAAAUCCUUUCAUCUCUUAUCAGAGAGGGAAUAAGGAAGAGCACAUCUUUCUAAUCAAGUAAACCACUGAUUAUUCCCUAAUUGUGUUGUAUGUAUAUCUGGUUGUUAUAGAAAGAGCUGCUAGAUCAAUAUUUUAAUAACAAAAUUCACCAAAAGCAGUGUCUUCAAUGUCUUUAUUAUUGUUUUAUACCCUCUUGACCCUUCUUCACCUGUUAGGAAGGAGAGUAGGUUUGCCAGUAUGCUUUUCCAUCCAGAAAAAAGAAAAUUCACUUAAUCCAGUAUGGAAAACUAAACUUAUUAACCAUGGAUUUAGAGAAAUAAUAAAACAACAAUAAAAUUACAGUUGUCUUUGCUGGUUUCAACUUUAAAAAGAAAUGAGGUGGGAGUAAUGAAAAUAAAACACACUCUACAACGAUCUUUCUCCUCUUCCCCAAGUUUCCUCCUCUCUCCCAUGAAGAAAUAUCAAAUAAUUGUGUGAUAAACCAGCCUUGAAAGGAAUGUAGAGCAGAAGCAACAGAUUAUACACCAGCAAAAUGGCAUGCCAAGCAAAAUAAAGCACUUUGCAAUGUGGAGACGUGAAGAGAGGAAGAUGGGAUUGUUACAAUGUUCUCCAAGAAAACAGGGGCUAUUCACUUGAAUGUACAAGUUCAAAUUGUUCCUACAAACCCAAUUUGCUGGCAAAAGUGCCAAAUACAAUACUACCCUACUUUCGUUUCUGUCCAAGGCCUUUCACAUAAGCUACAGGGGGCAUCGCCUUUUGUUGAAUUGGUUCUUACUUUCAGGGUUAGCGCCUCCAUCUCUGAGACUAGGAACAAGAAGCAUGGCCCACAGUUGAGGUUGCCCUCGAUUCAACCACUCUCAGGUCGGGGACACAGUAGUCAGUGGCCCACAUAAUAAGUCAACAGUGCUCUCCCUCCAGAAGGUGAAUUGUUAACAUUCUUUUCUUUCUUUCACUGCCAUUUAUGUCCCCUGUGAACAUCCUUUAAAAUGCUUGUUCCUUUGAAAAUGGGUUUUGAACGAGCCUGAGCCACAUAUCCAGGCUAUGCAGGCCACUGCCCAUAUGCAUGAGGAUCUUGAUGCUUCCCGAAUUCGCAUCUUUCGGAGUUAACUGUGGAAUGUGAUUCAAUGUUAUUUCCCUUCCAGCUGAAGGGCAGCUGAGGUUAUGAAGGGAUUUGACUAAUAGGUCAUAACCCAGAUAGGUUUGCUGAGAACCAAAUGACACAAGGGGGAGGGAUGUGGAGAAGGAGCGAGAGUGAUCAAACUGAGGCACUGAGGAUCAACCAAGCCCAUCCCAGCACUGGUCUUGGUGACUGGGCAAGGUGCCCCCCAACCCCCAUCAGGCCCUCCAGAGAGAAGCAGCUGCAGAUUGGCUCUGCAGACUCUCAGCUUCCUCUGUUUUUUUGAGAACUCCUUGGGGCUUGCAGGCCUGAGCCUGUACCACAGGGGUGACUCCUCACCUGACACCUCCAGAUAACUGGCCUCCAGCAAGGAGGGAACCCCUCUGUGAGGUUAGCAAAGGGGAAGCCCCACUUCUUUGCCUGAAGUCCUUAAGAGCUAAGCCGACAAAGAGCUAAGAGUCAACAAACUUUGACAAGCACCAAAAGAGAACUGAGAACAAAUAAAUCAGAAGAAAGAAGAGGAAAAGCAAAUGCUAGAACCUCGAUGGCUUUUUUUUUCUCCCUGCUGUCGUUCCAGCUGUAGCCUGGGAUUAAUUAAGUGCUGUGAACUCAGUGCCAGAGAGAGGAGGGGAAAAAAAAUGCAUUCUAUCUCUAAGGAAGGAGUACAGUAACAGUUUCUCACCAGUGAGAAACCUAGGGAAGUGAAUCGCUCUCGUCGGCAGUGUUUGUGGAGGGCCUGAAGAGACAGGGAGGUUGUGCCAGGCUGGAGGAGGCUUGUCUUUCCGAAGCUGGAGAGGAUCUUACGGGGGUUCGCUUUUCCCUGCCUGGGAAGAAUUUCUCCUGUGGUAGCAGCAGCAGCAGCAGCAGCAGCAGAAGCAGAAACAGCAGCAGCAGCAACAGCAGCAGCAGCAGCACCACCACCACCACCACUACCUCCUCUUCUGGGGCACAAGACAGAAUGCCUGUGCUAGAGCGCUAUUUCCACCCAGCAGAGCUAGGCAGGAGGUGGACAGGCCCAGAAGGUGUGCUGCCCUCCUCCCCGGGAAGCCGGCCGGGGUGCCAGCAGGGGCCGCUGCCCUGGGACUUGCCAGAGAUGAUCAGGAUGGUAAAGCUGGUUUGGAAAUCCAAAAGUGAGCUGCAGGCGACCAAACAGAGAGGCAUUCUGGACAAUGAAGAUGCUCUCCGCAGCUUUCCAGGAGAUAUACGACUAAGGGGUCAGACGGGGGUUCCUGCUGAACGCCGUGGCUCCUACCCAUUCAUUGACUUCCGCCUACUUAACAGUACAACAUACUCAGGGGAGAUUGGCACCAAGAAAAAGGUGAAAAGACUAUUAAGCUUUCAAAGAUACUUCCAUGCAUCAAGGCUGCUUCGUGGAAUUAUACCACAAGCCCCUCUGCACCUGCUGGAUGAAGACUACCUUGGACAAGCAAGGCAUAUGCUCUCCAAAGUGGGAAUGUGGGAUUUUGACAUUUUCUUGUUUGAUCGCUUGACAAAUGGAAACAGCCUGGUAACACUGUUGUGCCACCUCUUCAAUACGCAUGGACUCAUUCACCAUUUCAAGUUAGAUAUGGUGACCUUACACCGAUUUUUAGUCAUGGUUCAAGAAGAUUACCACAGCCAAAACCCGUAUCACAAUGCUGUUCAUGCAGCCGACGUCACCCAGGCCAUGCACUGCUACCUGAAAGAGGCAAAGCUCGCCAGCUUCCUCACGCCUCUGGACAUCAUGCUUGGACUGCUGGCUGCAGCAGCACACGAUGUGGACCACCCAGGGGUGAACCAGCCAUUUUUGAUAAAAACUAACCACCAUCUUGCAAACCUAUAUCAGAAUAUGUCUGUGCUGGAGAAUCACCACUGGCGAUCUACAAUUGGCAUGCUUCGAGAAUCAAGGCUUCUUGCUCACUUGCCAAAGGAAAUGACACAGGAUAUUGAACAGCAGCUGGGCUCCUUGAUCUUGGCAACAGACAUCAACAGGCAGAAUGAAUUUUUGACCAGAUUGAAAGCUCACCUCCACAAUAAAGACUUAAGACUGCAGGAUGCACAGGACAGGCACUUUAUGCUUCAGAUCGCCUUGAAGUGUGCUGACAUUUGCAAUCCUUGUAGAAUCUGGGAGAUGAGCAAGCAGUGGAGUGAAAGGGUCUGUGAAGAAUUCUACAGGCAAGGUGAACUUGAACAGAAAUUUGAACUGGAAAUCAGUCCUCUUUGUAAUCAACAGAAAGAUUCCAUCCCUAGUAUACAAAUUGGUUUCAUGAGCUACAUCGUGGAGCCGCUCUUCCGGGAAUGGGCCCAUUUCACGGGUAACAGCACCCUGUCGGAGAACAUGCUGGGCCACCUCGCACACAACAAGGCCCAGUGGAAGAGCCUGUUGCCCAGGCAGCACAGAAGCAGGGGCAGCAGUGGCAGCGGGCCUGACCACGACCACGCAGGCCAAGGGACUGAGAGCGAGGAGCAGGAAGGCGACAGCCCCUAGGGGCCGGCCCAGCUUAGACGCGGCUCUCCUCCGGCAGGGCCCCCAGAGGGCAGAAGCAGCGUGGAGGGGCCCUCACGCAGCAGCCCAGCCACUUUCUGAGUGUUGUCCUGGGGCUCUUUGGAACGCCAUCUUCCUCCCACUUACCUGCCUCCCCUCCUUUUCGCAAAUGUACAGAAGCCAUUUGUCACCUCAGCAUUCGCUGCCGAAAUGAGCAACUCCAUUCAGUAACGUGGGAGCUGAUCCCACGGGCAGGCUCUCCCUGCUCCAGGAGAAGACUAGGAGGAAGAAUGAGGUGCUCCUGCCGUGUCCGCCUUGUUCCGGGUCGCGCUGGAACAGGCAGCAAUUCCUAAGUCCGGAGCGUUUGAGCGUUUGCCAUCUGACUGCUGAUCUGCGUGACAGACACACCAGCAUAUUUGCAACGCCAAGGAUAUUGGUCUUAAGUGCAAGAGCACAAAUGAGAGUGUGAGAGAAAGUACCUUCUAUUUUAAUAAUAAUAAUUAUUAUAAAAAUAAUAAAUCUUUUUAACUUUUAUAUUUUAUGCACUAGACAAUGGAUCUGCAACUUUGGACUAAGGUCAUUCAAUGUACCCAAACUUGAACAGGGGGUUCAUUGUUUUGCUAUUGACUUUAUUAUGCCACUUUGGGGCAGAGACUUGGCAUCUUCUCAGUUUAAGAAACCACGUUUCCUAUCCAAUCCGAAGGGAAGGUGCUGUACAGUUCAUUCCUUUGCACCAUUAGCCAAUCUGUCUUUUAUGGAUUCUGUGACAUGUUUAUAUUCACCCAUGUACAUUUUCUGUAAAUACCAAACGCUACUGAUUCCCAUGCCAAAAUACAUGAGUAUUAUGGGAUUGCUACCUGUAUAAACAAUGGCACUGUGAACAGAAUACUGUUAGUUUUAAUACAAGAGAAUGCAUUUGUAAAUAUGGUAUAGAGUUUAUUAAUAUACUAUUGUUUGCAGAUAAAGGCCUUAACUUUAAACAUCUUUCAUCUUCUGAAAGCUGCCCGACUUAAAUCCUCAUAGAUGUCUUUCUCAACUGCCUUCCCAUGUUCAUCUGUAUGUUUUCCAGCUAAGGUCACAAACCGAAACUGAAUAAAGUCUUUGAGGAAACAUUUUGGAAACUUCACAUGCAUUCCGCUUGAGACCAUAGUGUUUAAUCUACGGCACCAAGCAUCGUUUCCUCAGAUUAAUGAGACCCUUCAACAAGCCUGAAUCAGUCACUUUUCAACACAGCGAUGUUUUAACAAGCCAGCUGCUAAGCUUGUGUUUAUGUGACUCUUGUUACAGAUCAUGGCGGUGCGUCAGCCUCACAGGAGACAUAGCAGGUCUCAAAAACCUUCUAUGACCCUGUCAUCUAACCAUCAGGGAAUUCCCUGCUCCCAUGCCACACAUUUGUCUAUUAUGGCUAUAGUACCAAAGUACUUUUGGUGUUUGGUUGGUGUGCAUUUCUUUAGUGUCAAUAGUAACUGGAUUUUUCUUUUUCCUUAAUCUCAUGUGAACAACUACCCAACUGUUUAGCUGAAGUUCAUAUUAUUUAAGUAAAGAAAAUAUUUCAGUUUUAUAACAGACUUUACCUUCCUGGCAGGUCAUUGUAGUUAAUUAUGUCUCUAGCUUGGAGUGUCACCUUGGAAUUUCGUUGCCAUUUUUUCUGCAGACACCUGGCCGUAAAAUCAGUUUGUUACAGCAUUCUUCUCUAGGCUGCUAAACGCUGUGCAUUGAACCUUUUCUUUAGAAGUUUCAGCGUCACUAAUGUUAGAUGAAAAUUGUUGAUGCCCCUUUCUUUUUACUUUAAACAAUGUGGUAGUGGGAGAAUGACUGUUUCUGCCACUAUCAACCUGAUCCUCAUGCUGAUAGAAUGACAGCUAGCACUUAUUUCCUAAGUGCAACUGUUUUAGAGAUUUUUCUCCUAACAUACAAAGGAAAUACUGAUUAGCCUAUAAUAAGUUCCUAUAGGGAGACUGAGGCUUGCAGAAUUAAGGUUCAGGGGAAAUUUUGGAAAGUUGGUUGUAUUUUCAUUGAAGUAGGAGAGAUUAUCAGAUGGUGCUAAAGAAAGUGUGAAGAUCUUAUGAAAUAGGUGGAUGGUAAGUUGAAAUUAUUGAUGUGGGUAAGAAGGGAGGUUGUGGAAAGUUAACACUAGCUUUGUAUUUUUUUUUUUCUGUAAAACUGUGAACUGAUAUAUUUUUCUUUAUCACUUUAGUAUUCUGCAGUUCUCAGCCUGGUGAGGCUCCAAAAGAGAAUAUGUCAGAUGUAUUCCUACUUCCAAACCUGUCUUACUUUGGUUUGAUGGUACACAUAGGGCUUUUGAACAGUCUAUUUUUAAUGUAUAUGAGGUCAAAUCAAGGAAGGCAAUUGCUGGGGACAAGAAAAGUAGAGGUAGGAAAGAAGACACUAUUUUAGCUAAUGGGGUUUCUGCCUUGGGACUAAAAAAUGGCUUUGUUCAAAUUAUAAUUAUAUAAUAAUUUAAAUAAAUGAGAUUGGAGGUAUUCUUAGUAGUUCUGAGUUGAUAGUUUAUGUUACAAUUAGGUCUUGAAGAAGAGCUCACAGAGAAAAAACUACCAAAUAUCCAAUGGGUAAGCCCAUGAUGUAGCCACUAGUACAAUAAAAACCUGAAGUAAAAUGAGGCAUAAACUUGAUGCAGCUGCCUCCCUCAUUCAACUGGGGAGUUCUUGAGUUCCUCAUUUGUUGGUAAAAAGAAAAAGAAUGUGAAAAUGUCUUUUUUUUUUUUUUGGCCUAUUAGUGGCUGUCUUGCAAUAUUUCAAUAGGAGUCCAAUUACUAGUUAAAACACUGGCGGGGUACGGUGGCUCACGCCUGUAAUCCCAGCACUUUGGGAGGCCAAGUUGGGCAGAUCACAAGUUCAGGAGAUCGAGACCAUUCUGGCCAACAUGGUGAAACCCCGUCUCUACUAAAAAUACAAAAAUUAGCUGGGCAUGGCAGUGCGCGCCUGCAAUCCCAGCUACUCAGGAAGCUGAGGCAGGAGAAUCGCUUGAACCUGGGAGGUGGAGGUUGUAGUGAGCUGAGAUCGCACCACUGCACUCCAGCCUGGCAACAGAGCUAGAAUCCAUCUCAAACAAACAAACAAACAAAAAAUCCCACAGCUAUUGGAUCAUCCACAGAUUUUUUCUUUACAAUCUUGUUCUCCUUGUCCAUGGACCAUCAAUAGUUGACUUGCCAAGUUUAAUUCUUUCAUUGCUUGAGAAGAACGGAAUCAAAGGACUGUGUGUAGUAAGCUGACGGUAAAGUUAAGAUUAAAUUAAGACAGAGAGAGAAUACAUAUCACUGCCAGGCCUGAUAGGAAAAACCUGCUCUUCCUUUUAAUAACAGUGAUGAAUUGUCAGGACCUUAUUUAGGAAACCCUGACCUACCCAUAACUCCCUGCUAGGCUAAGUAGAAACCAGGUUCUUUCUCCCUGCUUAUGGCUCCCCGCAAAGGGACUUGCAGCGUGUCCUGCAACUUUGUCUUCAGAUAGUGCUUCCUACAAAACUAGGUCUUGUUUUGUAAUCUUUUCUCAUGUUGAAUCAGAUCUGCUUACUUAUUUAGGUUUGGUUAUGAGCUUGUAUCUCACUGUAUUUCUCAUGCUUUGUUCUUUUAAACAAAUCCUUUAAACUGUGUCAUUUUGUAUACACAUGUGAGGUUUGAAAAAAAAAAAAAAAAAAAAAGAACUACCUUGUGAGUUUUGCUCAAAAUGUGGCCUAAGUAGCCAUUGGCAUGUCUAGAUGAACAAAUAAAAAUAAAGAUAAUUUCUUUAAAAUA